UUUCACUAACUAUUGAACUACUCUAAACUUGGUCUGACAUCUCCGGUUUGGAAAAUAAACACUUCUACUUCUUCGAAGUCUUCUUCCUCCCCCUUUCUCCUAGUUAUGGCCGACGCCUAUUGGAGAUACAGCGACCUACGCCAGCCACCGCAGCAGCAGCUUCAGCAGCAGCAACCGCCGCCGCCGCAGCAGCAACAGAUACAGCAGCCACCUACCAUCGUCGGCAAACGCCCUCGCUCCGAUUACGAUAUUCCUAGUGGGCAUCAGCCGCCCAAUUAUUAUGCCCGUGAAGAUGACAGAGGACCUCUACGUUCAGUUAGAGAUACAGAUUCCAUUGAAGCAUCGUAUGAGCGAUACUUGCGCGGCGCGCCAGUUCCACCAUAUAAUGGAGGACAAUCUGCUAGACCAAUUAGUGGAGUUCCUAGUCGUCCUGCUGACGAUCCACGUAUCGAGGGUAUGGGAGGCUUGGAACCAGGGCCUGCUGGGAAAGACAGGUCUCUGGGGUCAGGAAGACCUGAAAUUUCCCUUCCUCCCGAUGCUUCCAGCACACUGUUUGUAGAGGGGUUGCCAUCUGAUUGUUCUCGACGGGAGGUUGCACAUAUCUUCCGUCCUUUUGUUGGUUACAAAGAAGUGAGACUCGUGAGCAAGGAAUCAAGACGUCCUGGAGGAGAUCCGCUGGUACUCUGUUUUGUUGACUUUUUGAGUCCUGCACAUUCUGCCACGGCCAUGGAUGCGUUACAUGGUUAUAGAUUUGAUGAGCAUGACCGUGACUCGUCCCAUUUAAGGUUGCAAUUUGCUCGCUUUCCUGGUGCGAGAUCAGGUGGCGGGCAUCGUGGAAAACGUUAAAUUAUGCGAUUGUACAGGCUAAAUUAUGGUACCACCCUUCUCCGUACGAUUUGCGCAAACCGGGGAUGUUAUGAUAAUGAGGGAUGAUACAAGAGCCUUGCAGUUACAAGAAUUACACAAAUCUCCGAAUGACAUUUUCUUUAGGAAGAAAAUGAAUAGUGUGUUUUUCGAUAAUUUAUGACGUAAUCUCUGUACACUAUUGGUGUGUGCUUUCCGGUAGAAACUGCCGAGUUUUAUUUGCUUUAGUUACUUAACGAUUCCUUUAAUUUCGAACUGUUUCUUGCUGACUA